AUGUGCUGGCCACUCCAUGCCACCAGCUUCUGCUCUGCACUAGUGAUUACCACUCCCUGCCUGCUGCUGCUGUGUCAUGCUGUCAUGCUCAGAUGGUCCUUGCCACUGGUACUCACCACUCCAGUAAUCCACCCAGCAUUUGGUGCAAUGGCAUAUCAUGUUUCCACCAUGUGCUGGGAGUUGCUGCUGUGUGCCACUCUGAUCCCUAUGUUAUGGGGACAACUCAUAGGUUGGCUCAACCUCUGCUGGCCCAUGUCACACAACCAAUUGUCAACCUCUACUGGCCAUGUCACAUGGCCUAACUGGGUACAUGGGCUCAAACCUAAGGAUGAUGGAGAAGUAGUCAAGGAGGUGUUCCUUCCAAGUCAGAAAAUGGAAGUGACAAGAUCACAUGCACUUCAUAUGGUUGUUGGUGUCAAUGGUCACAUGGCCACAUGCAUCUGUACUUAUAGUCAUUGUGUCUACAACACUGAGCAUGUCCUCUCAGCUUCUACAGUGGUCCCAAGCCAAAUACCAAUCCAGGGGGCACAUGUCAAUUUCCUCAGGAAACUGACUGAUGUCAAGAACAUAGACCUUCUGAUUUUUCUGGUGAAGAGCAAGAGUGGGACAUGA